GCGGCGCUGGGCAGCCCCGCGGCGGCGGCGAUGGGCGGCGGGGCGCGGCAGGUGGCCGGGUACCUGGCGGCGCUGGGCGGCUGGGUGGCGGCGCUGGCGGCCGCCGUGCUGCCGCACUGGCGGCAGAGCUCCUACGCCGGGGACGCCAUCAUCACGGCCGUGGGGCUGCACCAGGGGCUGUGGAUGAGCUGCGCCGCCCAGAGCACCGGGCAGGUCCAGUGCCGCCUGCACGACUCGCUGUUCUCCCUCAGCGUUCACAUCCAGAUCUCCCGGGCUCUCAUGGUGAUUUCUCUCCUCCUGGGUUUCUUCGGCAUCAUUGUCAGCGUGGUGGGCAUGAAAUGCACCAAAGUUGGUGAAGAGGAUCCUGUCACCAAGAGCCGCAUCGCUGUGGCUGGAGGCAUCCUCUUCAUCCUCUCCGGUCUGUGCACCUUGAUCGCCGUGUCCUACUACGCCAUGCAGGUGGCCCACGAGUUCUUCGACAAGAACCCCUUCCCCGCCAACGCCAGGUACGAGUUCGGCUCGUCGCUCUUCAUCGGCUGGGGGGCCGCCAGCCUCUCCCUGCUGGGGGGGUCCCUCCUGUGCUGCUCCUGCCCCGCCAAGGAGCAGCGAGGCCAGCAGUACUAUCGGCAGUCGCAGCCUUCGACGGCUCGGGAGAUCCCCUGGAGCGGGCGGUGAAGUCUUCAAACGCCGACAGUGCUAAUUGCCUCCACCUCCUUGUACCUCGUCUGGACCGCUACUAACCGCUCUGCAAACACCACCGCUCCAAUUUCAUCAGUAAUUCCCCCAAACCACCCCAUACCUCCAUCCAUCCAUCCAUCCAUCCAUCCAUCCAUACUGAUGUGCUAUGCCAGCUAACCUGCAGGAAAAACCAGUGGAAAUUACCCAAAGAGCUUGAUUAUGUAUUUUUUAUUAUUAUUAUUAUUAUUAAUAUUUUUUAAUCCAUAUAGCCAAAGUAGCUGAUUUUUUAAAAAUUUAUUUCAUUUUUCUCUGGUUUAUUUGAUCUUAUUUCCUUUGAUUCUCUUUUUUUUCCCCCUCUCUUUUAUUUUAUACCCAACUGCUUUGGGUCCUGGUCUAUGCUGGAGGGGAAGCAAUGCUAUUUUUUGGCCUGGGGGGGUUGAUUUCUUUCUCUCAGGUGGGACUAACAGCCCUUUUUCUCUUUUAAAUUGCAGACCCCCUGUAAAAAUGUCUUCUUCACCCAUCAGGGGAGAGCAGUGCUUAUAGCCUGGCUUCACCCAUCAGGUGCUUGGUUGGCUGAACCCCUCUUACGGGGUUCCCCUCCAAAAAUACACACCGAAAGCUACUGCAAUGAGGAUUGAAAAGGAAAUUUGUGUUGGUUUUUUUUUUUUAAAGCCAAAUAACCAAAAAGGUGUUUUAUAGCAAGAGCACCGCAUCGCGUAGAACGACAUAUUUUUUAUUCUUUUCCUAUAAAAUUGCAUUAACUUUUCUAGGGGAUGCAUGGCCGUGGGAAUGGGACCGAUCGGGAUUUUUCAAUGCAUUCUUUUGCUGAUUGUUUGUACUAAAAAUUGUGACUCAGUGGUAUUAAAAUAUUUCCAAUCACGGG